GCUCUGGGCUCUGCGCUCUGCGCUCCGCCGCCUCCAUGGAGCGCCGGCCGCGCCGCCUCUGAUGCCCGGCCCGGCGCGCACCAUGGGGCCGCUGUGGCUCUGCUGCCUGCCCCUCGCCCUCCUGCCCCUGCUCGCCGCCGUGGAAGAGACACUGAUGGACUCCACCACGGCGACAGCAGAGCUGGGCUGGACAGUGCAUCCUCCCUCAGGGUGGGAAGAGGUGAGUGGGUACGAUGAGAACAUGAACACCAUCCGCACCUACCAGGUGUGCAACGUCUUUGAGUCCAGCCAGAACAACUGGCUCCGCACCAAGUACAUCCGCAGGCGAGGAGCACACCGCAUCCACGUGGAGAUGAAAUUCUCUGUCCGGGACUGCAGCAGCAUCCCAAAUGUCCCAGGCUCCUGUAAGGAGACUUUUAACCUCUACUAUUUCGAGUCGGACUUGGACUCGGCCACCAAGACUUUUCCUAACUGGAUGGAGAAUCCUUGGAUGAAGGUGGACACGAUCGCUGCUGACGAGAGCUUCUCACAGGUGGACUUAGGUGGACGGGUGAUGAAGAUCAACACCGAGGUGCGCAGCUUUGGGCCCGUCUCCAAGAACGGUUUCUACCUGGCCUUCCAGGACUAUGGGGGCUGCAUGUCCCUGAUUGCCGUCCGUGUCUUCUACCGCAAAUGUCCCCGUGUGAUCCAGAACGGGGCUGUCUUCCAGGAAACCCUGUCGGGAGCGGAGAGCACCUCGCUGGUGGCAGCCAGGGGCACGUGCAUUGCCAAUGCGGAGGAGGUGGACGUGCCCAUCAAGCUGUACUGCAACGGUGACGGCGAGUGGCUGGUGCCCAUCGGCCGCUGCAUGUGCCGCGCCGGCUACGAGUCCGUGGAGAACGGGACCGUCUGCAGAGGCUGUCCCUCAGGAACAUUCAAGGCCAGCCAGGGGGAUGAAGGGUGCGUCCACUGCCCCAUCAACAGCCGGACAACCUCGGAAGGGGCCACAAACUGCGUGUGCCGGAAUGGAUAUUACCGGGCAGACGCCGACCCCGUGGACAUGCCGUGCACCACCAUCCCGUCCGCCCCGCAAGCCGUGAUCUCCAGCGUGAACGAGACGUCGCUGAUGCUGGAGUGGAGCCCCCCGCGGGACUCGGGGGGCCGCGAGGACCUGGUGUACAACAUCAUCUGCAAGAGCUGCGGGGCCGGCCGCGGGGCCUGCACGCGCUGCGGGGACAACGUGCAGUUCACCCCGCGCCAGCUGGGCCUCACCGAGCCCCGCAUCUACAUCAGCGACCUGCUGGCCCACACCCAGUACACCUUCGAGAUCCAGGCCGUCAACGGCGUCACCGACCAGAGCCCCUUCUCCCCGCAGUUCGCCUCCGUGAACAUCACCACCAACCAGGCCGCCCCUUCUGCCGUGUCCAUCAUGCACCAGGUGAGCCGCACCGUGGACAGCAUCACCCUGUCCUGGUCCCAGCCCGACCAGCCCAACGGAGUCAUCCUGGACUAUGAGCUGCAGUACUACGAGAAGGAUCUGAGUGAGUUGAACUCGACCACAGUGAAGAGCCCCACCAACACUGUGGCAGUGCAGAACCUCAAGGCUGGCACCAUCUACGUGUUCCAGGUGCGGGCGCGCACCGUGGCCGGCUACGGCCGCUACAGUGGGAAGAUGUAUUUCCAAACCAUGACUGAAGCCGAGUACCAGACCAGCGUGCAGGAGAAGCUGCCACUCAUCAUCGGCUCCUCGGCGGCGGGGCUGGUGUUCCUCAUCGCCGUGGUGGUCAUCGGCAUCGUGUGCAGCAGAAGACGGGGCUUCGAGCGGGCUGACUCGGAGUACACGGACAAGCUGCAGCACUACACCAGUGGCCACAGUACGUACCGGGGGCCCCCCCCGGCCCUGGGGGGCCGCUCGCUGCUCGUGACUCCAGGAAUGAAGAUUUAUAUUGAUCCUUUCACCUAUGAAGAUCCCAAUGAGGCUGUCAGGGAAUUUGCAAAAGAAAUCGAUAUCUCUUGUGUCAAAAUCGAGCAGGUGAUUGGGGCAGGGGAGUUUGGUGAGGUGUGCAGUGGGCAUCUCAAGCUUCCAGGCAAAAGGGAGAUCUUUGUGGCCAUCAAGACCCUCAAGUCUGGCUACACGGAGAAGCAGAGACGGGACUUCCUGAGUGAGGCCAGCAUCAUGGGGCAGUUUGACCACCCCAACGUCAUCCACCUGGAGGGGGUGGUCACCAAGAGCUCUCCAGUCAUGAUCAUCACUGAGUUCAUGGAGAAUGGCUCACUGGACUCCUUCCUGCGGCAAAACGAUGGGCAGUUCACGGUGAUCCAGCUGGUGGGCAUGCUGCGGGGCAUCGCCGCGGGCAUGAAGUACCUGGCAGACAUGAACUACGUGCACCGGGACCUGGCUGCCCGCAACAUCCUGGUCAACAGCAACCUGGUGUGCAAGGUGUCCGACUUUGGCCUCUCCCGCUUCCUGGAGGACGACACCUCCGACCCCACCUACACCAGCGCUCUGGGUGGGAAGAUCCCGAUCCGAUGGACGGCACCUGAGGCCAUCCAGUACCGAAAGUUCACCUCAGCCAGUGACGUGUGGAGCUAUGGAAUUGUCAUGUGGGAGGUGAUGUCCUAUGGAGAGCGGCCCUACUGGGACAUGACCAACCAGGAUGUGAUAAAUGCCAUUGAGCAGGACUAUCGGCUGCCCCCACCCAUGGACUGCCCAAAUGCCCUUCACCAGCUGAUGCUGGACUGCUGGCAGAAGGAUCGGAACCACAGGCCCAAAUUUGGGCAAAUUGUCAACACCUUGGAUAAAAUGAUCCGAAAUCCAAACAGCCUGAAAGCCAUGGCACCUCUCUCCUCUGGGAUGAACCUCCCCCUCCUUGACCGCACAAUCCCGGAUUACACCAGCUUCAACACUGUGGAUGAAUGGCUGGAUGCCAUCAAGAUGAGCCAGUACAAGGAGAGCUUUGCCAGUGCUGGUUUCACCACCUUUGAUGUAGUAUCUCAGAUGACUGUAGAGGACAUUCUGCGAGUCGGGGUCACUUUAGCAGGACACCAGAAGAAAAUUCUGAACAGUAUCCAGGUGAUGAGAGCACAGAUGAACCAAAUCCAGUCUGUGGAGGUUUGAUGGCUGCCUGUCCUCCCACUCCUCCUCCUCGAGGCCCUGCUCCCCUUUGCCCCUGUAUGUCCAAGCUCCAGUUCCUGAGUGUUCUGCAUGGACCAGAGACAGGCAGCUGCUCUGAGGAUCACGGCAGCAGGAGGGAACACCCUGUCCUCAACAAUGAGAAGUUGCCAAGAGCUUCUAGAAUUUAAGCAAUGGAAA